AUGGGCAAAUAUCUUUCCUGACUGCUGUCCUGCUCUAAAUUGAGCUACUUUAAUUAAACCAUACAGAAAUAUGCAUUAGAUUUCGAGAAUAAUAUAUUGAUAUCUCCACUUAAUCGCGGAUUAAAAAAAAAAAAAAAGUCAAAUAGCUUAUGCGCUCGUUUUUGAAGGCCACUUGGUAAAAGGUAACCAUCAGAGCGCUAGAGAACCUGUAGCUGCUGCCAAUCAGCUGAUCUAUGAUCGUACAGCACUGACACUGACACUGACACUCGUCCAUCAGACAUGAGCUUCUUCGGCUUCGGACAGACCGCUGAGAUCGACAUCGUGUUGAAUGACGCCGAGACCAGGAAGAAAGCGGAGCACAAAACUGAAGAUGGCAAAAAGGACAAAUAUUUCCUUUUCUACGAUGGUGAAACUGUAAGUGGGAAAGUUAACGUGACUCUGAAGACUCCUGGAAAGAGGCUGGAGCACAAUGGGAUCAAAAUCGAGUUCGUCGGACUGAUUGAGCUGUACUAUGACAGAGGGAACCACCAUGAGUUUGUGUCGUUAGUGAAGGAUCUUGCACGACCUGGUGAGCUUUCACAGUCCCAGACCUUUUACUUUGAGUUCACCCAUGUGGAAAAGCCCUAUGAAUCUUACACUGGCCAGAAUGUCAAACUGAGAUACCAUCUGAGGGAUGUUAUCGUAGGAAAGAUUUACUUCCUUCUUGUGAGGAUAAAGAUUAAACACAUGGAAAUCGAUAUAAUAAAACGGGAAACGACUGGAACAGGACCCAGUGUGUACCACGAAAAUGACACCAUUGCCAAAUAUGAGAUCAUGGAUGGGGCACCGGUGAGAGGCGAGUCGAUCCCCAUCCGCUUAUUUCUCGCUGGAUACGAGUUGACGCCCACCAUGAGGGACAUCAACAAGAAGUUCUCUGUGCGUUACUACCUGAACCUAGUCCUUAUAGAUGAAGAAGAGCGACGAUACUUCAAACAACAGGAGAUCACACUUUGGAGGAAAGGAGAUAUUGUGAGGAGAAGUAUGUCCCAACAGGCCACCAUUGCCACCCAGAGAUAUGAGGGAUCAAACUCUGAAACUGCGUCAGCACAAGCCAAAGAGGAGAGUAAUUAGACGCAAGACGCUUUGUUCCCACGAGAUCUCAAAUGAACCUUGUUACGUCAAAAUAAUGUUUUAUAAGUCUCAAAGGGAUCAAUGCGACGCGUGAUUUUUGCAGAAAAAGUGAAAUCAUCGUGUUUUGAGAUCAAAAAUGAGAAUUGAGCUUGUAAAAGGCAGUCCAACUAUGUGUAUAGAUUACAAAAUAUUUUUUUAUUUCUCUUUCCAAUACUGCAUACAUUUCCAUUAUACAAUAGUGACCAACAGUUUUGAAAUGCCAGACACAAUCUUUUAACGUGUACGCCGGUUUUCAUGCUAUACGUUUGAUUUGUGCUUCAUGAAGUUGUAAGGCUCAAUACAUUCCUCUUCUUAUGCUCAAAUUUUGCUUAAGUCAAGUACACUGAAAAAUCGAAUCUAGCUUCUGUACCUUGUCCUGUUUAAUGAGCCCAAAAAGAGAUUUACUGUGAUCUUUUGUGUUAAAUCUAGCGCUUCAUGUACUCUUCAUAGAGCUCUGCACAGUAUUAUUCUGUCAUUUGGGGUAUCACAAAUGAAGGCCUCCAUAGAAAUGUCUAAUAAGGGAACUACUAACUUACUUAACAUGAAUAUUUGUAUUUUUUUUUUUCUUUUGAUCUGGUGUAUGAAUAAGAAUCAGCAGAAUCAUCGACAGCACAAGGUUCCAGCAUUCUCAAGAGUGCAGUUUAAUGCUGUAAUAGAGAAAAUCCUUCUUGUGAUUGUUUGCUACUAAUUUUUAAGGUGAAUUUUCAAU